AUGGAAAGCAACAAGGAUAGGUCCAAGUGUGUUGCAGGGACUCAAGGGAGAACUUCACUUCCAAGAUGGGAACCCCCUGCGUGGCGAUAUCUCAAAGCUAAUUUUGAUGCAUCUUUCAACAAAGAGAAAGGGAGUACGGGAGGGGGUGUGGUGAUUAGAGAUUCAGAUGGUAGUGUACAAGCAGUCUUGACAACUUAUAAAGACCAUAUCUCAUCAGCUCUCCAAGCUGAAAGUACUGCUCUCCUCAGAGCUAUGGAAUUGUGUUAUGAACUUGGUUUUAACCAAGUAUGUUUUGAAGGGGAUGCUAAGACUGUUGUUGAUGUAGUGAACUCCAAAAGAGUAGAUAAAUCAUGGUUGGGCCAAUUGACAGAGGAUAUGCAACAAAUGAUGAAGCACAACCAAGCAUGGCGCCUCAAUUUUGCCUACAGAUUAGCAAACAAAGCUGCCCACAUGAUUGCAAAACUUGCUAUUAGGAAUGCUAGGGAAACCAUCUAG